AUAACUAUGGGACUACCAUCAGCGUUUCUCUUCUUGACAGUGUUCAAAGGCGUUGAAAUUGCCAGUCAAAUUGACAAUGGAUUCGGCGCAACACCGGGACACUUUCCAUAUCAAGUAUUCAUCACUGAAUUCGAUAAAUACAUCUGUGGUGGUGGAAUAAUUGAUGCAACUCAUGUGAUCACGUCAGGUCACUGUGUGGCUGAUGAGCCAAAAUACAGACUAGCAGUGAUCGCUGGAGGAAUACAUUUGAAUGACGAUAAUGCAGUCAAGAGAAAUGUCGUCACAAUUCAUGUACAUCCCAAUUAUAUCCGUGCAGAUAUCGAUCCUGACGCAAUCGGACAGAAUCCUUCAAUGAAUGACAUCGCCAUACUAACCUUAAUUUCAGCUUUUCAGUGGGAAAAUCAUAUCAGGCCUUUGCAUUAGCAACGAAUAUAGUUGAGGCUACAAACAACCAGUGUAUACUUUGUUAUUUCGCUGGAUUGGGGCAAACAGGAGAACUUGGUUCUGAUUUGAGACUACUGCAGUACAUAGUUAUGACAAUAUUAACAGUUGAAGAGUGCAGAGAGUGGCAAUACAAUAGAGUGCAGCAGUGAAUGAAUUCUGUGCUCAAGACAUUUUCCUAGAAGCAAGCGGACGCACAAUAAGUACUCCCUGAGUGAUAAUUUGUACCUCAGGUUUCCUGAUCUCAAAUUAGGUACAGAUCCGACAGCAGUCAAAAUGUCCUCAUUCGACUCUCGGAUCAGCAUUCGUUCAGCAUCUUAUAGUUAAGUGUCUGGGUCCAAUGCAGCUAACUCGAUGCUGAUUUUGUUCUAAAGUCAUAUUCCACGCAGGGAAUGCCAAAGCUGAAAAAAUGGGUCGAGUAUAGCAUAAGCCUAGACUUACCAAGACUUGGCGCCCAAGCUUGAUUGGAGAUUCGGACAUCUUUUACGGAGACUGCGCGUGGUCCUUUUAUCUGUCCCUACCUGGAUAUCGGAUUUCAAAACUGACUAAUAUCAGACUCUAUUGACCCUCUAAUGUUAAUCAGUUGCUACUCAUGGCGUUGUUUCUCCAUAAGGGCGGCGUGAUCCGUUUUUUCAGGAA